CUUUAGUCUUCCUUUUGCCAGGACCACUGUCCGCCGGUGGCUUGCACAGUUGUCUUCUCUCGAUCUGAUGGCUCAGAAGUGCAUCCAAAAUGAGUAUUUUGACAGAUUGCUUACUGCUUGCAAACCGUGUCACCUUCGAUGUUCUAAUACCCCUCCUCUACCUUGUCAGCAUUAUUGUGAUGCAAGUAAUUCAUUAUCUCUCUGAUAUUCUUUUAAUUCAGUGAAAGGAACGAAUACAAUUCUCUGGACCUGUUUGGGCCUGAGCUUGAUCGUUUCUUUGACAGUUUUCGUGUUGAUGUUCUUGCUAAAGAAGAUGAAUUCAGAACCAUCAAAGAACAAACGUAAAAACACAGGAUCGACUCUCCAGGACCAGGUGAACGCUGACCAGGAGGAGGGCCGUGCUAGCAGGAAUGGUGAGGAAGUUCUCUCGAGGGGCCUGGAGUACACAGUAGAAGAAUGUACCUGUGAAGACUGCGUCAAUUCUGAAUCAAAGGUUGCUUCUGACCAUUUCUUUCCACUCCCGGCUAUGGAGGAAGGUGCAACCAUUCUCGUCACCACGAAAACAAAUGACUACUGUAACAGCCUGCUAGCUAGUGUCACAGAGAUGGAGAAACCCAUUUUUACCAGAUAA